AUGAUUUCACAUAGUUUAGGCCUUCCUAUGGACGAAAGAGUAGUGUUGAACGUCGGUGGUGUGCGACACGAAACAUAUCAAGCUACACUCAAGAAAAUUCCAGCUACACGUCUCAGUCGCCUGACGCCAUCACUUGCAAAUUUUGAUCCUCUAUUAAACGAGUAUUUCUUUGAUAGGCACCCAGCUGUGUUCGCACAGGUACUUAAUUAUUAUCGAACGGGUAAGCUGCACUACCCAACGGAUGUCUGCGGUCCAUUAUUUGAGGAGGAACUUCAGUAUUGGGGCUUGGACGCUAGCGAUACGGAGCCAUGUUGCUGGAUGCAGCUACUUCAUGCAAAGGACACACAAGAAACUCUGGCCGUUCUCGAUCGAAUGGAUGUUGACAGAGAAGACGACCCUCAACUCCGUGAGCAAGACACGAUGAAGAAAUUUGGCUGGGAAGAAGACUACUUUCAGGGCAAGCGUACGAAGUGGAUGUACUACAAACCUAGGAUAUGGGCACUUUUCGACGAACCCUAUUCAUCACGAUCAGCAAAGAUCAUCGCGGGAAUCUCUGUCUGGUUUAUAUUCGUUUCAAUUCUGUCCUUCUGCCUGAAAACUCAUCCAAGUUUUCGAAUACCAGUAAUUGAGACCACUAAUGUGACAUACCAUGGUCGUUCAGUUGUCGGCGUCACAAGGCAAACGACGGAACCACAUGUCGCCUUCGGGCAGAAGUGUCGCCCAAUCCACUCGGUUUUUCACAAGCAUGAUAGCCAAAUGGAAACUCUGAUUUUUCGAUUGUUCAAGCUCACUCAACACCACCGCGGUCUUCAAAUUCUGAUUCAUACUUUCCGUGCGAGUGCCAAAGAACUGAUAUUAUUGGUGUUUUUCCUCAUACUUGGUAUAGUUAUAUUUGCUGCUCUCGUAUAUUACGCUGAGAAAAUGGAGGUGAAUCCAGACAACCAGUUCCAGUCAAUUCCACUGGGGUUAUGGUGGGCUAUAUGCACCAUGACUACUGUUGGCUAUGGCGAUAUGACUCCACACACGUCCUUUGGACGGCUUGUUGGUUCGCUUUGUGCUGUUAUGGGUGUUUUGACGAUUGCGCUUCCAGUACCGGUAAUCGUUUCCAAUUUCGCAAUGUUUUACUCUCACACUCAAGCUCGUGACAAACUUCCAAAGAAACGAAGGAGAGUCCUACCUGUGGAGCAGAUUCGAUUACAAGCACGACGACAUGCCCAUGUUCUUGAUUCUAAUCCAAUCGGCGCACGCAGGAAUGCAUUUGUCAAUUUGUCAGACCGAAAGAACAGUGAGGAAGAGGACACAAAAACAAUGAUGCCGAAGAAAAAUGACCCGGUAAAAAGGGAGCGAAAAGAUGAAACAGACAAGCAUUCGAGUCUGGUUGACACAGUUGUGAAUAUCGGAGCCACACGUACGGCAAACACAACAACAACUAUCCCCUGA